AUGCAAACGGAGAAAAAAAAGGAAAGCGCCAAGGGAAGACCCAUAUACAAUCAAGGUGUUUUGAACAAAAAUGCAGUGGUCACAAGGAGGCAGUCAAAAACAAGUGUAAGACACAUUGAUAAGUUAAAAAUUUUGAAUGAAAUAAAAAAUGAAGGAAAGAAAGGCAUCCUUAUUGAGGGCAUAGAAAAGGUGAAAGAGAGAGCAAGUCUUUUAAGCAAAGCAACGGAUAAAAGCUCCAUGAUGGAGAAAAAAAACUACACCCGAGACAGCAGUCGGAGCACCUUACUCAAGUUUAGUGAGCCAAACAGAAAUAAUAGAAGCUUGAUCGGCAAGGAAAAAAAGGAGCAUAGCUAUGGCCGUGAUCCUAGUAAGGAGGAUACUCGCCGAGGGGGAAGGAAUACUAACACACAACUAACACACAAUACCAGGGGAAGAACAAACGAAAGGAAAACUUCCUCCAUGGAGAAGUUGCUGCUACGGGACAGCAUCAGGGAAGAACAAAGUUUAUCCACCUUGUUCCAAGGGUUAAGUAAAGAAAGAAUGGGAAGGGUCGAAGAAGGAAGAAGUAGCAAGGAAAACGCGCGCAGCAGUAGGGGAAAUACAACAGGAAAGAGAGAAAGCAUGCAAGGCAGCAGAAGCACUCUGGGCAGUGACGAAAGGAGCAUGAAGACCCACCCCUGGCAGAUAAGGAGUGGAGAUCAGAAAGCAGCAAAAAGGACCAAUAAUGCGAAAAUUGCAAAAAUUGAGAAAAACAUAACCAAGGAAGAAAAAGUGAAAGAAGCCAAUGUGGAACAUGUAAAAAAAGACGACGCGAGCGCCCGAGAUAAAAAUAAGAAAGAUCACAUCGUAAUUGACGACAGUAACAUUUACAUCGUCAUAGACGACCUGGAUGAAGACGCAAACGACAAAACUGCAGUAAUAAACAAGCUAAACAUCACGAAUGACACGUACAAUUUUUUAAUGAAUAGAAAAAAUGAAAUGAAAGCGGCGAAGCGGAGGAACGCCAAUUAUUCCUUUAUGGAAGAAACUCACCCUAUUAUCGCCAAGGGGGUCGAUGGGGAAGGACUCCAAGGGGUAAACUUCGAUGCAGAUAAGGAGGAUGGCCUAUACGAUGAGGGAACAGAGGUGGACCAAGAAGAGAGCCUGGACAACGAAGAAGAGGAUGAAGAGGCAGAAGAAGACUCCGAUGAAGAGACGGAAGAAGACGACACGGACGACUACGAUUUCGAUAACAAGAGCGUAUCGAUAAGGGGAAUCGGGGAGGACUCCACGAAUGAUGAGAUGGAAGAUUUAGAGGUUAGCAAAAUUUACGAGUCCUUUAAAACGGAAAUGGAAAAUCUGCCCCCCUCUGAGGAAGCAAAGGGGGAGGAAGUGAAGCCCGAGGGCGCGCAGGUAGGGGGUCAUAUCGAGGAGACCUCCAAGGAGAGGAGCGACCUGGUUGGCAAGGGGAGCGAAGAGAGUGGAGGCGUAGUUGGAAGAGUGAAGGGAGAAGCGGGACAGGCGGACCAAACGGACCAAAUGAAAGACGAAAAACUCGACAAGGAUGCGAAGAACGACCAGGUGGACGUGUCUGAACUGAAGGAAACCAAACUUCCCGCCUCAGACAACCCCGAGGAAGACGCCCCUUUGGUGAACAAAGGCAACGUCAAAGUGAACGAUGAGGGGGGUAAAAAGUUUGACGAAGCGGCUAACUCUAAUUCUUUUGGGGGCAAAAGGAAGAGCUCUAGCAUGAAGGGGGAAGAGGUGCAGCCGCAAUGGGACACAGCGCUGCAGGAGGGCAAAUCAGUCCAGGGAGUCGAGGCGGGAAAAGAGGAUAAAUCGAGUGAUGCAGGGCAGCAAUCGAACGAAGCGUCAGUCGUAUCCAUAGUACCAGUAGUGCCUCUGCUACCUCUGAUGCCCCUAGUGCCGGGGCUGCAAGAAUUACGUACCUUACAAGAAAUGCACGGCUUACACGAAUUGAGGGACAACUCGGAGAAGGAAGAACCAGAGGGAGAAAAAAGAAAAAGAAGAAAAAAAAUGGAGGAGAAGGGAAAACGAGAAAAGCUAAAGUUUAACAGCGAAAAGGAAAGAAGGGAUCACAAAAACAACGAACUAGACAGAAUAUAUAAACAAAUAAACAGAAAAGAUAUGAACUCUCAGGAUGAGGUGGUCAAGAAGUGGGAAAAUGAUCCAAACGAAGGAGACGAAUUCAAUUCCUCACAGUACAGUAAGUUAGUCAAGUUAAUUUCCAUUUCGAAGGACAUUUCUAAAUAUAACAUGAGUCAUGACAUUAGGGAUGACGACAAAGGAGGAAAGCCCUCCAACGUAGGUGCUACCUUCAAAGAGAGGGGGAAAAAUCUGGACAAGGCAGAUAAAAGCAGAAGUAAGCAAAAGGCAGUACUACUUCCAUUGGAGAUAGAGAGUGUGCAGGGAAGUUCCACUGAUAAGGGGGAAAUAAAGAAGACGAGCGUGAAGGAUCUUAAAACGAGGGACGACUCGACAGAGAGGAAAGACGAAAAGAGGACAAAACUGAAGAGAAAAUAUACCAACGAGGGGGUAGACAGUAGUUUAAAAACAGGUCAACAGAGCAGCGAUAAGAAUCCCAACCAGAAGGAACCCACCCAAAAGAGGGAGGAAGAUCUAAAGAACGAAUCGCACCGAGCGGGAGAUGAACCCUCUGAUGGUGUCGCUACUCCAGACAGUAAAAGGAAAAAUGCGCAGGAAGGUGAAGAAGCAAAUGUAAGCAAAAAGUUAAAGAAAGGCGAAGGUGUAGACAGUGUGGAUGGGCUCGAUGCCGCGGCAGAGCAGGAGAACAACCCCCCUGUGGUAGAGAUCUUAGAGGAAAGCGCAGGUGGUGAUGAUGGCGCCACAACAGGGGUAGAAGAACAACCGAGUGGAGACGCGCCAACGAUCGAGCAGAAAAAUGUCAGCCAAGAGCCUUCAGCUGUCGGAGAAAAAGAGGAGAAGGAUGAACCCCAUGAAGAAGAGAAGGAUGAACCCCAUGAAGAAGUCCAAACGGAGGAGAAGGAUGAAGCCAGUGAAGAAGUCCAAACGGAGGAGAAGGAUGAACCCCAUGAAGGAGUCCAAACGGAGGAGAAGGAUGAACCCCAUGAAGGAGUCCAAAAAGAGGAGAAGGAUGAACCCCGUGAAGAAGUCCAAACGGAAGAGCAGGAAAAGGGCGGAAAUGAGAAAGGGGAAGAGAGGCCACUUGAGGAGCCACCAGCGGAGGAGGUGCAAUCAGGCCAGGCAACAGAGGAUGUAGACGAGAGGGAAGCUGCCGAAUCUAUUGGACACAUGGGCGAAGAAGACACCGAAGUGAAAGUCGUGCUGAAGGAAAUUAUAGAAGAGGGAACCGCGGCGAGGGAAGAGGAGGAGGAAGUGGAGGAAGAGCUGGCCCCACUGGAGGCUACCAUCGUGGAAGCACUAGGGGGAGAGGAUGAAGCCGAGGUGGGAAAGGUGGUUGCCAGUGAAAUUGCGAGUGAAGUCGAGGAAGGGGAAAAGGAGAUUGCCAAGGCGGAGAAGGAAGGGGAUGAGAUCGGAGAAAGCCAAACCGACGCUGAGAAGGGAGGUGAUCAUAUCGGAGAAAGCCAAAGCGACGCUGAGAAGGGAGGCGAUCAUAUCGGAGAAAUCCAAGCCGACGCUGAGAAGGAAGGUCAUCAGAUCGAGGAGGACGAAGAAAACGUAGUGAAGCUGGAACAGAAGGAAGUUUACGACGAGGUGGAGGAAGAACAGGAUGACAUCGUGGAGGUCGACGAGGAAAAGGGAGCCCAUGAAGGAAUGAUACAGGUGGUAUUGAUGGUGAAGGGGGAGUCGGUGCAGAAGGAGGCUGAAGAGAUAGAAGAGGAGGAUGGCGACGGGGCUGCCGAAAAGGAGGAAAAGGAAGAAAACGAGGAAAAGGAAGAAAACGAAGAAAACGAAGAAAACGAAGAAAAGGAAGAAAACGAAGAAAAGGAAGAAAACGAAGAAAAGGCCGAGUCGGAUAAGUUCCAAGAGGUACAGGAAGAGGAGAUGUACGAGGAGCUGGAGGCGGGGCAGGACGAGGAGUAUGAAGAAGUGGAAGAGGCGAAAGAGGUAGAAGAGGUGGAAGCGGUGGAAGAAGUGGAAGACGUGGAAAACGUGGAAGAUUUGGGAAACGUGGAAGAGGUGGAAAAUCAAAAAGCCAUAUUCACAGAAGGAGAAGUGGACAAAGAGGAUGACCCUGCGACCGAGGGGAUUCACACAGAUGAUAAAAGUGAUCCAGAAGAAACGGAGGAAAAAAGUAAGCUCAGCGAAAGUGCAAAUGAAUGUCUUGUCGAGGAUAGCAGCAAAGAGUAUGAAGUAGUUUCAUAUGAUUACAAUGAAAACGGAUUGACAAACUCUGAUUAG